GCACGCGGGCCUAGCACAAGUUGGAGCAUAAUAUUAUUAAAUAAAAUUCAAAAUGAAAGCAUUCAUAUUGUUGGCCCUCUGCCUGGGCGCAGUUUGUGCAGAUUUACAUGACAGCAGUCAGAGAGCUAAGCGUGAUGAUUUUCACAGUCGUCACUUUGCCGCUCAUCAGCGUGCAAUUGAGGAUGCGCGUCGCAAUGGAGGCUAUGGCACCAGUGGCGUUAGUUUUGGAGCCAGCAGCGGCAAUGCGGAGCUGGGCAAUCUAGAGAGCUCGUAUGAUUCCGUUGGUGCUGUGGGUGGUGCUGCGGGUGGUGCUGAAAGCGCAUUCGGAGCCAACUCAGGCAGCUCUUUCGGCGGCAGCUCUGGCUCUUCUUUCGGAGCCAACUCUGGUGCCGCUUUUGGAGCCAACUCUGGUGCCUCUUUUGGAGCCAGCUCUGGCUCCUCAUUUGGCGCACAGAGCGCACAGAGUGCACAGAGCGCACAGAGCGCCUUCUCCUCCAACUCUGCCUACGAGAGCAGCCACAAUGCCGCCAGCAACUUCAACACGGUCGCUGCUCAUGAUGUGGGCAGCAAUGUGGAGUUCGCCGACAACAGCAAUGUCGCAUCUGAAGUCGCUUCGGGUGCUCUGUUCUCUGGAAGUCUGCAGACACCACUUGUAUUGACUGCUCCCAGCUCUAGCGGCAACAUGGAGUACGUGCGUCGUGAAUCGGUUGUGUCCAGCGCACCACAGCAAGUCGUUUAUACCAUGCCCGGUGGCUCACAGAAGUAUGUGAACCAUGUCGAGCGCGUCGUUGAGCACACGCCAUCAAUGCAGUUAGUGCAAGUGGCGCAGCCUGCCACCUCCGAGCAUUACUAUCAGCGCAAGGUGACCACCACCGCCUCGGCGCCACAGAUUGUGCAAAUGCCCUCAUCUAGCUAUACCAUUGGCACCAACAUGCGCUCCACCAUGGGCUCCACUGCUGGCUCCACUUUCGGCAGCAACGCCGCCUUCAAUCAGAACGCCGCCUUUGGCAGCAACUUUGGCCAGCGCUCUGGCUCCCAGACUCUUUACAAUGGUGGUCUGACGACUGGCUUCAAUGUCGGCGGCACAUCCCAGCUGCACCAGCUUAUCAAUCAGGCUCACCAGAGCGCCAAGCAACAGGUUGGCUCAGGCAGCAGCUUCAGCAGCGGUUCCGGCCUUGCCAGCGCCAAUCAAAUGCAAAUGGGCGGCGCCAAUGCUUACCGCAGCAACUUUGGCUUCGACUCCUCUAUGAAUGCAGGCAGCUCCAUGAACGCUGCCAUGAACUCCGCUGCCGCCAUGAAUUCCGCUGCUGCCAUGAACUCUGCUGCUGCCAUAAACUCUGCCGCCGCAAUGCACUCGGCUGCUGCAAUGAAUUCUGCCGCUGCCAUGAACUCUGCCGCCGCUGCAAUGAACGCUGCCCACAGCGGCAUGAGCAUGGGUCUGACUGGUGGCUUGAGCGGCGCACAGCUGUCGGGCGCUGGCAAUGGCUAUCAGACCAAGCAGUGGGAGAAGCAAUCCAAGUGGUCCUCUCAGUCUGAGUUCGAUUCCAAUGGUCAUGUGAACAACUACAAGGAUCUGGCCACAGGCGAGAGCGAGAACUACAAUGUGAACGGCAAGCAGUUUGGUUACAAUGCUGCCACCGCCACCGUUGAUGAUAACGGCAAAAUUGGCACCUACAGUGUGCACUCCUAAGUGUUGCACUCCUGCAUAGUUUUCAACUGCCACAUCAUAGUACUAACAAAUUGUUAAAGCUUCCAUACUUAAAGUAAUACGAAAAUAAACUUUUAUAA